CGACGACGCGACAGCCAACAUCCCAACACACGUACCACCCCUUGCAACACACCCUCGCCCCAUCGCAACUAGCCGCGGUCGUGGAUUCAUUGCCGUGAAUCCAUCCACCAUCCAUCUGCCGUGAGCCAUGGACGUCGACUCGCCGCGGCCAGGGUCGCCGCCGACGCCGACUCUGCAACAACCCACUUCGCAGCAGUACCGCCCAGUGUCGCCACUCCCAGCGAGGGCGCGCUCGCCUUCUCGAGACGCGACGCCAACGUCCACCGCGUCGUCUUCGCAGGGCACACUUCCCGCGCGAAACGGCACAUCGGAUACCAUUGACGCAAUCAGCCACAACAAACACAGCCCCACUCCCAACGGCAACGGGACGCUUGCCCCACCAACAGCAUCCCCGGCUCCUGUGGCGUCGGGGGACAUUGAGAUCAUGCAAGACGGCGAGCAGGAACAGGAACCAGAGCAUGAGCAGGAACACGACGGUACCAGCAGUAGCAGCGGCGCGAGCAUUGGACCGGCCAGCGCGGCCAGCGGAAGCGGUGCCCCCGCCGCCGACGUGCACGUCGCCGGGCCAGACGACGCGCCAGAGGACAUGGACCGCUUCUUGCGACGUGUGGAGAUGGAAAAGAAAAUUGCCCAGCUUCAACAGCGUCUCGAGCUCGCGUCGUUCAAGACCAACCAUGGCUGGACGGAUAUGAGCAUCGGCGAGAUUGAGAAUCGCCUUCCAUCACCAAGGGCGCCGAGCCGGCCGCAGCUCGUCAUUCCGCGGGGCCACGGCCCACAGUACGAGCCACCAUCACCGUCGCGACCGUGGCAACUUGCCGACGUCCUCUGGCAGUCAUUACCACAGCCAGGGGGCACUCACAUGUCACCGCCCCAGCGGAACCGGUUCACACACCACGGCCCUACCCAGUCGCUUCCUGGCGGUUUGCCGAGCCUCGCGUCCAUUACAGGCAUCGCGUCCCGCGGGCCGCAACACUCCAACCCCCGUCGCCACCGCAUGGACGACUACCUGUCUGGCCCUACACUUUCUCCUAUGCGAGGGCCGAUGGGCAACGGUGGUCCCCCUCGCUCUGGAGGAUCUCACGGCCACCAGUCUGGACACCGCCGCGCGUCCAGCAGCGUCAGUUCGCUCCAGUUUUUGGCCAAGGACCCCUACCCUGCGUCGCCGCUUCGACCUAAGAAGGGCACAAAGAAGCGCUCGCAGUCGCACAGCAACCUCCGCGAGAGACCGUCAACGCAGGACGUGGACGCCGCCAAGGCAUUAACGUUUAUGCUCGGAUCAGGACGUUCGCCGGUCGCGUCGAAUGCCGAGCGUUCCCUCGCGCGUGGUGACGGGCCACUCCUUCCGCCCAUCCAGUCGGCCGCGAGCCUCCCUCCGCCCUUCUCACCCGACAUGCCACCGCCCCGGCCGCGUGCUCAGAGCUUUGCCGUGCCCGAGUUCCCGCGUGACGCCCGUGGAGGCGACGGACGCGACUACCGGGAUCCCCGCGAUCAGCGUGACUCGCGGCCACUUGGUCCCCCGCCUCCGUCGCUGCCUCCGCCAGCUGGGCUCCGCACGCCAUCGAGCCACACGCGCCACCGUGGAGCAAGCAUGGACAGCAGUGCUGCGUUCCGCGGCGGUGGUGGUGGCUGGUGGGAAGCACGCCAGCCUGAGGCAUCUGCCUCGCGCAACAACCGACCUGUUGACCGCGAACGCGACCUGUCUUACCACGCGCACUCGCGCACGCCGUCUGGUGCAAGGUCUGGAGGUCACUCGCGCAACAACUCUCGUGACAUUGAGCGCAUCACCGAGCCCGAGGAGAUGGCUGGACGAGGCGAGGAGGACAAGAACGCCGUCGAGCUCAUGAUGUUCCUGGCUCACUCGCCGAGCCCUGCACGCAAACGACAGGCGUCGGACGGCCAAGUGUCAUUUGGUGGAACAGCGCGGGUACUCUUCGCCGAGUCUGAGGGUGGUGGUGGCGGUGGCUCUAACGGAGCGUCUCGCGGCCCCCCACCCAAUGGGCUGCCCCCACCUCCUCUCAGUGCCCGCGCGCUGCGCGAGAGCUCUGGCGCGUAGGCGCAGGCGCGUCGACGACGAGUCAACGACGACAGCUAAAGACCCUUGGCACCUGGUUCCCAUCAACAUCAUCUAGGCACCACCACCAACAAACCCCGACCGCCCGACCCGCGACUCGUCGCCUCGUCGCCCCCCGAUUGUACGGAAUACGUGUACCCCUUGUCGGCUUGCAGCCACUUCUCCCCCACUCACUCUGGGUCGCACUGCGUUGUAGCGCUGUGGCUCUGUCUGCCCCACACAAGAACAGACGGGCUGGGCGCGGCGUAUCAUAGUACAGGCAUGUAUCAUUACGACGG